CGUGUCUCACGCGCAGCUCAGAUGGUAGGAAGCGCGACGCUAGCGGGAAGCGCGCUCAAAGUUUUCUGGCCGGCCAGCUUCUGCCCAUUUAAACGCGUUCCUUGGUGCAGGGCGGCCGCUUAAGGUAUUUUGCUGCGAGCCAGCAAUAACCAACCCCCCCCCCCUCCCCCGCGGAGGCGCAGGGCUCAGUUCCCGGGAGCGCAGAAGGACGCAUUCGUUCGAGGUGGGGCGCUUCGAGCUGACGCGCCUAACUGUCCGAGUGCCAUCUUAAAAGCGCCUCCGAUAUCCUAUUAUCGAGACGCGCCUUUAUCUCCGCCGGUCCACCUUAAAUGCAGAAUGUGGGCAACGCAGGCGUACAGCGAGGCUUCCGCUUCAUUCCCAGCCGGGCUCGGACCGGAUCGGACGGGCAGUGUCGCCGCUCAGCCUUCGCACUCGCGAACCGGACUCGACACCGCCGCAAUGAGCGAACCAAAGUACAGAGAGUGGAUCCUGGAGACAAUCGACUCGCUGCGCUCGAGGAAAGCCCGGCCGGACUUGGAGCGGAUCUGUAGGAUGGUGCGGAGAAGGCACGGGUCUGAUCCGGAUCGGACCCGGGUGGAACUGGAAAAGCUCAUUCAAGACCAGACCGUCCUGAAGGUGAGCUACAAGGGCUCCAUCUCGUAUCGCAACGCCGCCAAAGUGCAGAGGAAAUGCAGGAAAAAGCCCGACGUGAGCGCAGGCGGUGGCAGCGCGACUCCCGCUAGCACAGCCACUGCUGCUACUACUGCUGCUGCGAGUACAAGUGUCGCCACCACCGCCGUAGCUGAUGGCAAAGAAGCGACGAAACACGCGGAGCCCAAGAACAACGCCGCGGGCGAGAGCAGCAGCAGCAGCUGUCCCGAGCAGAGACACUGCCACAGCCCGGGGGCUCCCCGUUUCGAGGAUGUCGGGGACACGCUGCCCAACAGCGGAAGCGGCUGCCUGGGUUGCGGCGGCGACGACUGCGCGAGCUGCAAAAAAGCAAGUGCACUCAAGGAGAAGAAAGUGCCGCCACCGGACAACGGAGAGGACGAAGAAGACGACGACGACAACAACAACAAUAACAGCGGCGGCGGGGGCAAGACGAGGGCGAGCCGGGGGGCCGAGCAGGAAGGCUCCCCACAGAAGCUACGGCAGCGACCCGCCAAGUGCGCCAGGCUUCCUGCGAAGAGUUGCCGCAGCAGCGCGGACGAAGCACACCCGGAUCUGGGGGACCGGCUGGUGGCGUCAGUGCGGAGCCUGGCCGAGAAGCGGGGCGCCGCCACCGUGAGCACCGCCCGGGGUCACCCGCCGCCACUGGGGCUCAAAGAAAUCUUGGGCUUCCUGAGCUCCCAGGAGCGGCUCUCCCAAGAGAAGCUCACCCGCAGCAAGGUGAAGGUGGUACUGGAGAGAGAGGUGGCGAAGGGGCGCCUGCGGAGGACACGCUUUGGGAACAUCACGCUGCCGGUACGGGGAGAGGCGAGGAGCGCCAGGCACGCCAAGACGACAGCGACGUCGCCACCGCAUCAGGAGCGAGGCAACAAGAGGAGGGUAAAUAUCGGCGGCUUUGUCCCCCCAACUCCCACCCCCUGUGCCCCGGCUGGUUUUCUUUCUUUUGGCGGUGCGGUGAGCCCGAGGACCCGCGCUGUUGCUCUUGCGCUCGCACUUCCUAUUAAACCGGGUAUCGCCAGCCUCAGGCUCACGUCUGCUGAUUUUGUUUUCCAGGAAGAGAAGGACGAAGAUGAAGAGAUGGAGACGGACUCCAGUGAGGAGGAAGAAGCGGACACGUCAGAGCAGGAGGAGGCUGAUGGGAAGUCUUCCUUUGUGGACGAGUGCGAGGAGGUGAAGGACGCCGAGGUGGCCGAGAGUCGGGAGGACGGCGCCGCUGAGCAGCCCCCCCUGCUGGAGGUGGCCCCUAAAAGCCCUGCGUCCUCUGCUCCCUCGCUUGCCCACCCUGAAAUCAAGCAGACAUACCCUGGGGUGCAGGAGCCGGACCCUGGUGACGUGCCGAUGCACGUGGAGGAAGAGGGGCAGGAGGAGGAAGAAGAGGAGGAGGAGGAGGAGAAGCAGUGCACGGUCGCCAAGGUUCCCCCCCUGAGCCACAACUCGGUGGCGUGCAGCAGUGACAAGGACCUGGCAGGACCCCCCGGACAGCACCCCCCGGAAACGCAUGCCAUGGAUGAGAGUUCCCCGGAGGAGCCCGAGAGCCGAGAGGCAGCAGAGUGCAGCCCGGAGAAGAUGGAGGAAAAAGACGACGAGCUCCAGCCCACCCAGAAUGAAGACAGGAGACCCCGAGUGGAGUGCUACCCGCUGACGGAGCCGCUGCGCCUGAACUGCGUCGAGGAUGAGCCGCCGGACAGCAGAUGCAGCAGACGGCCGGUGCCAGUGGAGAGCUGCCGAUGUCCAGUGGAGGUCAAUGUGGCCUCCUGCCUGCUGACCCCCACUGCCUCCCCUGGGGAGAUGGCCAUGGCAGACGAGAGGACGCUGAAUGGAGAAAUCUUUGUGAAGCGCGAGAAGGCCAGCGCUGAUCCGAUCGACUGGAGCGUGUCCGACGUGGUCAGCUACUUCACUGCGGCAGGCUUCGGGGAGCAGGCCGGGGCCUUUCGAAAUCAGGAGAUCGAUGGCAAGUCCCUCUUGUUGAUGCAGCGGAAUGACGUGUUGACCGGCUUGUCCAUCCGGCUUGGCCCUGCCCUCAAGAUAUACGAGUACCACGUCAAAGUUCUCCAGAGAAGCCAUUUUCAGGAAGACGGGACCCUGUGCUGAUGCGGUGUGGACGCUUUGUACGAGCGAGCGAGCGAGACAGGUUUUGUUUUUUGUGUUUUGUGUUUCGUUCCCUAAAUCGAUGCACGGCAGUACAAGUGUUGCUUUGGGGCCUGCGUUCUGUGGCCACUGAUAGCACAAGCUUGUCCCUGCAGGUCCAGCUCUGGGGGUCCAGCUGCUUUUCGGGAGGUCUCGUCUGUUCUUUUUUUUUUGGUUUCCAGGAAGCGUCCUUUGCUUUUGACCCCCAGGCUUCAGGGCUGCGACUUUACAGACUUGCAGUUUGAAUUUCACAAUUGCCUCCUUGUGGAUCUGAACUUGAGUCACGCACUGCUAGUCCUGUUGGUUUGCAGUUUAGUAAGAAGAUGGGUCAGAACAUUGAAAUGUUAUUUAUGUAAAUAUGUUGUUAUAUUUCUUUAUUUUGUCUUUAGAGUCUUGCAAUUCCCAAAAAAAAAAAAAACAAAACCAACCAACAAAAUGGAGAUGUGCAAUUUCACCAAGCGGAGUGUCCUUUGGUCAGGCAGCGUUUUAUUGUAAGUGGCAGCUGUCACCAAGUCAAGUCUUUGGCUUCUUUUUAAAGUUGUAGCUAUGAAUUGAAAGCGGGGGCCACCACGGUAUGCCCGGAGCGACGUCUUCCUGAUCCGCAGUGGUGCCCCCUGGUCUUCUUUGUUGGCAUCUGGGUGAAGAAAACUCUUAAGAGGUGUAAGUGACGCUGGGGGGACCACCAGACGACUGUAGCGCAGGCUCGCGCCACACAUCCAGGACAUUUGUCUUACUGUUGUUGAGCUCUGCUCUUCUUCUCUGCCCUUUUCAUUGCCAGGUCACACGUCUUCUUACAUUUCACCCCACUCCGCGGCCUGGCCCGGCUCAUUGCACUCGGGUCGCUGAUCCAGGCCUCGCCAGGGCUGUACGCAAUGACUGUUCAACGUCGCGUCCGCUCGUCUUCUGCCGCACUCGGUUUCCAUUUCACGUGUGAAUCAGAAUUAGCUGUGGCCCCGCCGAGACCGUCACUCGCAGUCCCGUGUCCAUCGUUUGAUUCUUCCACUCGCACCUUCACCGGAGUGGCCAGCUGCUGAUGGCCUCCCACCUCCAGUGUCUCUUGUGUGAUUUUGAUCUCCUUACAGACUGCAGAGCGUGUGGUGCGUGACGGUGGUCUUGGGUCGCAGCAGGCUGGACAUCAGGCCUCUGCUGCACGACUUUGGAACAAAAAGGGCGUUUGGAUUUACUGUUGACACGUGUUCUCCUGUUUGUUUGUUUGUUUUUGUAAAAA